AUGGAUUUUCAGCAUCGAGCGGGUGGGAAAACCGGGAGUGGAGGCGUGGCCUCUGCUUCUGAAAGUAACCGCGACAGGCGAGAGCGACUGCGUCAGUUGGCUCUAGAAACAAUUGACAUAAAUAAGGAUCCAUACUUUAUGAAAAAUCAUUUGGGGUCAUACGAGUGUAAACUUUGCUUGACAUUGCACAAUAACGAGGGCAGCUAUUUGGCUCACACUCAAGGCAAAAAACAUCAGACAAAUUUAGCCCGAAGAGCUGCUAAAGAAGCCAAAGAUGCUCCUGCGCAACCAGCACCAGCAAAGGUUAAAGUUGAGGUCAAAAAGUUUGUUAAAAUUGGGAGGCCUGGAUAUAAAGUAACCAAACAAAGAGACUCAGAAACAGGACAACAGUCAUUACUUUUCCAGAUUGAUUACCCAGAAAUCGCAGAAGGCAUUGGACCCCGACAUCGUUUCAUGUCUGCUUAUGAGCAGCGCAUUGAGCCACCUGACCGUCGUUGGCAGUACUUGCUUAUGGCGGCCGAGCCUUAUGAAACCAUAUCGUUUAAGGUACCAAGCCGGGAAAUUGAUAAAGCAGAAAAUCGCUUCUGGACACACUGGAACAAGGAAACAAAGCAGUUUUUUCUUCAGUUUCACUUCAAAAUGGAGAAGCCCAUUGCUCAGUCUGGGCCACCUCCCCCUGGUGGAGUGAAACGCCCCCCUCCUCUGAUGGGUGGUCAGCACCAACCUAGUGAUGGCCUUCCUCCUCCCCCACCUGGAGGUAUGACCAUUCCUCCACUGCCCCCAGGGACGCCCGGCGCACCUCAGAUGCCCCCACAAAUGGCCAUGCCACCAAUGCCCAUGAGGCCACCACCCCCAGAUGGCCUAUAA